AUGUCUGCUCAGCUGUCUAUUUUACAAGUUCUCAUCUCUGGAUCUACAGAAAACAUCAUGUCGUUGCCACCUCUCCCCCCCCACCCUACUCAGGCCUCCUGGUCCCCAGGGGUGUAUGAUGCUUUCAAUCGCAUCGAGUUCAUAUACCUUGCUGCUCACAAACUGCUUGGUCAAGAGGCUGAAGCUAAUCGUCUACGAUUCCACUCAGAGAGGCUAAUAGAAGAUGGUGUUCCAAUUUUGCUUGCUAUGGAAGAACAUGCAAUGCAGGAGGGUAUUCCACUGGAAUGGCUACAUUCCAUCACCUCAUCUGUUGGGUUCCUGAUCGCCCAACUUGACAGAGCUCAUACUACAGCAGUCAACCAGUUUAGUCUUUCACUUCUAUCUCAAGACUUCAUGCUAACAAUACUAUAUAGUGAGGACACCAAUGUUGUGGUACCACAGCCAGUAUCCAUUGUUUCCAGUGGUGCAUGUGGACGCCCACGGAAGGUUAUUGAUCCCGACUUCUUGCACAAUGCUCUGGAAGGUGGUCGCAAAAUAUCUAUUGCAAAACUCGCCCGUCUCCUGAAUGUUAGCCGACAAACACUCUAUACUCAACUUAAAGAACACAACAUCCACCAUGAGUUUGACAAGCUUACUAAUGGCGAGCUUGACACCAUUGUACAGAAAUCCCGCGAGGUCCGACCAACAUCUGGCCUGCGUUACCUGCAAGGAUUUCUAUCCCACCAAGGACUCCGUAUUCAAAAAACCCGCAUUUCGGAGGCACUCCAACGGGCUAGUGGUUUAGGGCAGAAAGUAAAGCAACAGACAGUGAUCAAGCGCCGCGUCUAUGAAGUUUCCCGUCCAAAUGCCCUCUGGCAUAUCGAUGGCCAUCACAAGCUCAUCCAUUGGGGAAUUGUCAUCUUCGGUGUGGUAGAUGGUUAUAGCCGUAUGAUUACAGGCUUACGUGCCAGUGAUAACAAUCGUGCCGAUACUGCCCUAAGUGUAUUCCUGGAAGCAGUUGAAAAUCAUGGACAACCUUCGCGUGUACGUGGAGACCGUGGACGGGAGAAUAAGGGCAUUGCUGUUUAUAUGAUUCUUACCAAGGGUGCAAACCGUGGCUCAUUUAUCUGGGGACCUUCAACCCGCAAUACACGUGUAGAGUGUUUGUGGGUAGAAAUAGGUACCCAAUUUGGACAACAAUGGCGGGCAUUUUUCCAGCGGCUAGAAGACCAGCAUCAGCUCGACCGUCAUAAUCCCCACCAUCUAUGGCUCAUCCAUGUUCUGUUCUUGAACGAUAUCAACACAGAUUGCCAAUCAUUUCAAGCAACAUGGAAUGCACAUCCAAUAGGGGGGAGAGGACAUGACAAUUCACCUAAUGAUUUGCAUUUGACUGGUCGUCUACAGCAUGGGGAGUACCAUGAUGACUGUGACAACAUUCCACCAGAGGAGAUCACUGCAGCAUAUGGCGUCAACUCAGCUGAGACCCCAUCAGAUCCUGUCCAGAACAACCACCUACAGCAUGACGGUGAUGAGGAGACAGAUAUAGAGACUGAUGGAUCUGAUGAUGAAGAACAGCAUACAUGGGGUGCAUUUGAGGAGACUCUAGGUGCUGAAUAUGCUGCAAAUUUCCUCCCCAAGAUAGUGGCAGCACCGAAAGCAGUGUCUCCUUUUACAGAAAAUGGUGGUGCAGUAUUUGCUGAAACCUUGGCCACUAUCCAUCAGAAUCGCUUCCUCCCUCAGGGCUUUGGAAUAUGUCCUGAAGAGUGGAGCAGUGAAUAUCCAGGAUAUGAAAACCUGAGGGUUGGGAAGCGGGGUAAAAAGGACAUUUUUGUGGCAUUGCCUGAUGCUAUCUGGAGGCCCAGGGCUGAAUUUUGGGUGCAGGGAUUACAUACAAUGCAGACAAUGCUAUACAUGGGUGAAGCCUAA